UGCUCCAGUCACCUAGCUCCCUCCCGGUCGGGCUUGGUUGUUGGUGCGUAAUGGCGGUGCACCGGGGACCCUCAACGAAAUGGCUCUUCACCCGGGAACAGCUUGAAAACACGCCGUCUCGACGCUGCGGUAUUGAGGCUGACAGGGAGCUUUCUUACCGACAACAAGCCGCCAACCUAAUCCAAGAUAUCGGCCAGAGGCUCAACGUCUCUCAACUGAUCAUAAACACCGCAAUAGUAUACAUGCACAGAUUUUAUAUGAUUCACUCUUUCACCAAGUUCCACCGAAACAUUAUCUCCCAAACCACAUUGUUCCUAGCAGCUAAAGUUGAGGAGCAGCCCCGGAAGCUGGAGCACGUCAUUAAAAUAGCUCAUGCCUGCAUAAACCCCCAAGAGCCUGCCCUCGACACUAAAAGCAAUGCAUUCCAUCAGCAGUCACAAGAGCUUGGAAUACUGGAAACCAUCGUCCUGCAAACCCUGGGUUUUGAAAUAACUGUAGAUCAUCCACACACAGAUGUUGUGAGGUGCUCCCAGCUAGUACGAGCAAGCAAGGAUUUGGCACAGACUUCCUAUUUCAUGGCUACCAACAGUUUGCACCUCACCACGUUCUGCCUGCAGUAUCGUCCCACUGUGGUUGCCUGCGUCUGUAUCCACCUGGCGUGUAAGUGGUCCAACUGGGAGAUCCCCGUGUCGACCGACGGCAAGCACUGGUGGGAGUAUGUGGACCGCACGGUGACGCUGCAGCUGCUGGACGAGCUCACGCACGAGUUUCUUCAGAUCCUGGAGAAGACGCCCAGCAGGCUGAAGAGAAUACGCAACUGGAGGGCCAUUCAAGCUGCUAAGAAGCCAAAGACGGAAGGUCCUGCUGUGGACGGUGUAUUCCAGGGGGGAUCAUUAGACAGCCUUCCUGGUGUCUCCGGCUCCUUCUUCCCCUCCACCUCAGACUCUGCAGAAAUGUCCCUCGCUGCCAUGACAGGCUCCUAUGCCUCCUACCAGCCGCUCAGUGACUCAUUCUCGCAGCCCCCCCAUUCGGACUUCACCUUGUUGAAACACGAACACAAAACGUCCGGUGGCUCUGCUGGUAAACCCCAGCAGCUGACGGCAAAUGCGGCACCAUUUUUGCGGCCGCAGAAAGUGUUAACUCUAGAAAAGUACAGAGAGAAACAUGCGGCGGAGCUGGCUCUGCAGAAUGGCGUCAAGGAGGAGGCUGGAACAGACAUGUACACGCCACCUCCUUCUGCUGCCUCGCAUCAUCACAAGAAGCGCUGUCAGACACUACCGGGUGGCCAGUCGGGCGAUGCUAGACGAGAGAAAUUGAGCUCCAAAAAGACUCGAGCGCCCAGUUCUUUCGCGGAAAACGGCUCGGCCACUAGCGAGGAGCUAAAGAUGAGGAUCAAAGUUUCAUCAGAGCGUCACGGUGGCUCUGAUCAGAGCAAGGACAAGCACAAGGAGCACACGAGCCACCGCCACUCCAAACACGCUCACUCCCACCCGUAUUCCCUCAGCGCCAAUUGCCGGGCGGACGUCGCCUCGGCAUCCCAGCGACCUCCGAGCAGCCACGCCGGUGACUGUGGUUCUGGCUCUUCUCGAAAGAGGCCUCACCCUGAUGGAGGCCACCACCACCACCGCCAUCACUCGUCCAAGAGCAGCAGGAGCUCGAAGGCGGCCAUCAGCUCUGCCCACUACUCGGAUAGCAGCCAGAGGAUGAUUGAGCAUCACGGCCACGAUGGUACCAAUGGCCUGUUAACAGCUAACGGCCAACACACCGACUACAAAGACACUUUUGACAUGCUGGACUCUUUACUAAGUGCCCAAGGAAUGAACUUAUAACCUCCAGUGUUGUCCACGCGACUGUAUUACCACAUUGAAUAGACUUUUAAAAAAGAAAAUGAAAUGAAAAAAAGAUUUUAUUUGUCUUAAGUUAUAUGGAUUUCUCGUCACCCACACUGCUGAUGAUUCUUGUGAAGCUGUCUAAUGUAACAGCAUUAUGCAUCAAGCUUUGUGUGGCAGACAUGUUCAAUUUGAGAUUUUCAUUUUAUGAAUUUAAUGUGCAUGUUUGAAGUUUUAAAACAAAGGGAAGCCGCAUAGCUAGUGCUUGCAGCCAUCAUAUCAGUUUACACAAUUAAUUUGUUGUUGUUUUUUUAUCCAAUGUUCCACUAAAAAUCUCAGGUCAUGAACUUUUUUAAUAUAAGAUCAAAUCUUUGGGUUUCAGUACCUGCUUGUGUUGGAGACUCACCGCCUCAUUCAAUAUAUAGAACCUUGGUACCUCCCUGGGGCACAGUCUGCUCUAUUUCUGUUGUAGUUAUUUUUUUUUUUUUUGGUUUAAAUCGCCCAACAGCAGCACCUGAGCUCCACGGGCAGGCCCAGUUUAGAUCCACGAUUGAAGUUGAUUGAAGUCUGUGAAAAGUGCAUUUCUGCUCCAUCGACUGAAAUUGCAAGAGGCCUUUUGAUUGUACUGCGAAUCACACCACCCUCCAUGGUUUGUGAUACAUGGAAUUGUCUGAAAAUACAGUGUCUGUUACAAGAUGGUGUAAAUAGGACUGCAGUUAACAUUUAAAGUUGUUGGUCAAUGCCUUUGCUGUCUCUUGGAAUAUAAAGCAGACUCCUCUUCAAUUUGUGUAUUGGGAACCCAAAUAAAGAUGUUACAGUGA